UGCAGGCAAGGCGAUGAUGGCAGCGUCGGCCCGGUGGGUCCUGUCGGCCCCGUUGGCCCCGUCGGUGAUGCGCGUAUGCACGAGGCCAUGUCACACACCUGCCUCAGUUCGUCGGCGGAAUAUGAAUUGGCGCUUAUCCUCAAAGAGCUGCGAUGGAUAACAGAUCAGUUGAAGAAAGAGGAUGAAACGGGCGACGUAACGAGAGAUUGGAAAUUUGCGGCGAUGGUAGUCGAUCGCUUGUGCCUUAUAAUUUUCACGCUUUUUACAAUAAUUGCAACUUUGGCUGUACUCUUCUCCGCACCACAUUUCAUUUUCCCAUAAUUGAUGUCAGCAUUGCGGCAGCUUUUAAAAAUCUGGACUCUACACAACAACAAAUGUUUCAGACGCCAAAUGAGAAAGUUUCACUUUUUUUUUUUAAGAAAAGCUUUGUUAUAUAUAUUUUUUUUUUGUCUAAAUGCUAAAGAAAAACACUAGUUCGGCUUAUAUACUUUUA